AUGAAAUCGUCUUGCCCCUUUUGCAGCAAGCGGUACAGCUCCUCCGCGAACUUCGAUAAACAUCUUCGAACUACACAUCCAUUUGAAGCAGAUGAAUGGCUGAGAAACCAAUUUUUACUCCUGGAGCGCGAUCAAGAGGCACCCGAUGACACUCACGACAGCCCGGAAGGCAUUCACGAUUCCUAUUCAGAUGCCCAUGACGACUCGGAUAGUUCAGAGAGCAACAGUAUCAAUUAUCAUGACCAAGAUCCCGAUAAUAAUUCAGAUCUGGAAUCCGAAUCAUAUUUUAUGAUGGAGGAGACAGAUGGAGAUGCAAAUAGGCAUGAGGCAGCGACAACGAUUUACGAGGGUGUUGGGGAGCGUCUCUACCGCUCGGAGGACUACGACGAAUGCUAA